CCAGUGUUCAGCUUUGGCUUAUCUGCUGCUGAUGUCAGCUGAAGACUUGGAUGAGUUUGAUCUGAGGAGAUACCUGAGAUCAGAGGAAGGGCUCCGGAGGAUGCUUCCUGUAGUGAAAGUCUCUAGGAGAGUUUGGCUAAUAUCGUGUGGCCUCUCCAAAGCAAGCUGUAAGAUGAUGGCAUCAGUGAUGCAAGGGACACCUUCCCAUCUGAGAUAUCUGGACAUGGGUGAAAAUCUUCUCCUGAAGGACGAAGGAGUGGAGCUGCUCUGUGACGGACUAAGAGAUCCACAGUGCAAGCUGGAGAUACUGAGGCUGGAGCGUUGUUCCCUCACAGAGAAGAGCUGUGCUGCUUUAGCAUCAGCUGCCAGAUCAAACUCCUGCAGUUUGAAGCAGCUGGACCUGGGACUCAAUAAGAUUCAUGAUGCAGGAGUUCAACAUCUCUCAGACCUCCUUAAGAAUCCCCACUGCAAACUUGAGAAACUAGUGUGA